AUGCCGGCUGAAUUACCAGGCUAUUAUUUCGAUGUCGCGAAGAACCGCUACUUCAAAAUUCAGCCAAAUCAUAUUGCGCCGUCGGGGUCCAAGUACAGCCGUCAAGCGGUCAGGACAGAGAAGGUAAUCAAGAAAGCCCAGCGGCGGGAUGAAUUGCAACAUCAGUCGAAACUUGCCUCCACGGUGACGCGGUCGAGGCUAUUGCAACAUCCUCUCCUGACCUUCGAUAGACGACUGGGUCAUUUACGAAAGAGUGCCGGGUCGCUCGUAGCAGAAUACUAUGCGGCCGGUCUCGAGAGGAAAGUCGUUGUCAGGAAUCCUAUAACCGUGGGAGGCUGUACGCUCACGACAACGCCCCAGUAUAGACGGUCUCUGAGGUCUGGAUCAUUUUGCAUCGAGGAACCUUCGGGCAUCCUCUUUGGAGAUUGCAGGUCGUGGCGGAUGGAUGGCCGGCAGGAUUGCACAGAUAUUCACGCCUUCUAUCCGAGGUCACCUUAUGAGAUGGGGGAGCUAUUAGAUGGUCGAGACUCUCUGGACUGGCCAACCCCCCUAAGCCACGAUACGACAAUUCUCUACAGCCACAAGAAGGUCGAGAGCAUUGGUAGGGCAAAUGGAAUCCGAGAUAUUCUUUCCAUCGGAUCCGGCCUGGUUGUUUGGUCCGAGGAUGGCUUUAAUCCCCAGCAUCCCGAGGUGACAAUGGUCAAGGUAGGAGCUUGUUCUGUCGGGCCAUUUGCGCACCGACAUGGCCUGGUCCACCAGACGUCGUUUGCAGAAGACAUACGGGAUCUUGCGGUACAGCCGGGCGAUUACACGGUGGCACUAGCAAGCGAGCGAGGGCUCUACCUCAUGGAUCUUUUCCACGCGAGUUACCCGCUCACAAAAUACCCGCUGGGCACAAACGAACUGGUGAAAGCUACCUUCAAAGACCGAAAUAUCGUCAUGGGCGGUACUCGUUCAGGCAAGAUGCUGCUAUGCGACAUCCGAGCAGCGCCGCCGUCGGCUAAGGGUGGCCGAACAACCGCGACGCGGCUCCAACACACGGACCUCAUCACCGGCCUCGCGGCCCUCCCCAACGGCAACCAGAUCCUCAUCAGCGGCCUGAAAAGCAUGAAGAUCUACGACCUGCGCUUCGCGCCGCAGCCGAGCCUCAUGUGCCACCUGCCCAGGUCGAACUCGUUCAAAGCCAGUCCCGCGGUGCUGGACUUCAACAUCCCCUUAGCGCCCCAGUACCGGCAUUCCUGGAAGGGCUUCGCGUACGAUCCGGAACUGAACAUCGUCCUCAGAGUGUCGUCGGACAGCGGCGGCGAGCACAACUGCGCGGCCCUGUGGUCGGCGAGCACAGGCAGGCUUCUCCAAAGUCCGCUCAGCCGGGAGCGUUUCCACUUCCCCAUCGAUGACACCGCCAUUGCCCGCGUCAGGGACGGGCCCAAGAGUAUCUUCAUCUCGACCGGCAACAUGAUCAGCGAGUGGACGCUGCAGGGAAGAGGGUCGGAAGGCGACCAGGAAUGA